AUGUUGAAGUUCGGCUUCAUCUUCUUGCUGCUCAUCAGCGCCUACCCGCCUGAUGUCUGGGCACUGGUGGCUAACAGUCGGGCUCGUCGGUUCGCCCAGGAUGAAGCCUGCAGAGGCCGCGCUUUCGUCUGUUACGCGUACGCCUGGAUGGCCAUGAAGGGAUUGCCGCACAAUCCACCAAUGGAUCUGGAGAAAGAGUGCAAACCAUGCACAGCUGAGCUCUGCGUCGAACCCCCUUCCUUCACUCCAACCACCAAAUACUGGUCCCUGAUCCACUGUGAUCCCGCAAACUUCUUUUGUGAGAAUUUUCCCACCCAGGGCGCCGCCGGACAGCCAAUCUGCAUCAAGCCCGUCGCCUUUGAAGAUAAAGUGACCGGCGGAGUGGAGAAGAAACACGUGCUGCUGGCGUUCAACGUCUGCACAAGGGAGAUGUUGGCUAAGGAAACUUGUCCCGUUGACCUGCUGAGUCGCGCACCCUUUAACCCAAAGUCUGUCGAUGUCAGCCCAGCGUUCUACGUCCAAUGCGACGCCGGAUUUCUGGUGCCAAGUGAGGGCAGCGUUCCAGCCGAGCUCAAAGCGAUCAGUGAUGCUGCUCCGGUCGAAUGCGUCGAGGCUUGCGCCUACAAAUACCAGGGGUCGCGGGACGACUACGCUAAUUGCCAACUGCUCGACAUCGUCGACCGCCAAGAUGAGAAGGACAUCAAGGAUGAGCAGGCGGCGCUCGUGAAGAACGACUACUUCUUGGACUGUGCUACGAAUCCGUUGGUCGCCCUCUACCCCGACGAAAUCAGCCUUCGCGCGAUUCCACGCCCGUGCGCCGACGUCGACUCGGAAAUGGAGCUCUGCAUCGUCGCGGCCGUCACACCCGCGCCAAAAGCCCCGGAUGUGGAGGAUAACUCGAAAGACUGGACCAUUUAUCUGGGCGCAGGCGGAGCUGUGUUGAUCGUUAUCGUCGCUGGUGGCCUCUUCACGUUUUUCUGCAAGCGGAAACGUGGUCGUGCGAAGAUAACAGACGCAGAGGACCCUGACUUGACGGCUUCACCGGAUGGAGGCUCUACUGAUCAGCAAGAGGUCGCCGGCACCAAGGUCGCCUCCGAGAAGGAUAGCAGCGCCGACGUCGAGGCCGCUUCACCAGCUUCCACCGGUGAAACUAGUCGCGACACGCAGAAGGGAGGCAACGGUGCCGGCACGGCGAAGAAGGCGCGUGUGCGCACGCCGGCCACCAAUAGCGAAGAGCAACAACUUAUCGCAAACCCGACGCUGCUCCCUCUGAACCAACAGCUCACAGUCUUUCUGGACAUUUUCCGUAACACUUCCUCCAACGCUGAGAUCACCAGAAUGGUCGCCUCCUAUGUGAAUCAUAACCUUCCUGGACUUGAGUGCAUAUUCAAGAACCUCAAAAGAGAGCUGAAGGAUGAAUUGUGCAAGGCGUCCAAACUGCCAGAAAAUCGGCAGUUCAACGCCUACGGCGAUGUCCCGUGUUCGGAUAAGAACAGGGUGGUUAUUCACAUUGAUGGUCGCGAGCAAUACAUCCAUGCGAACUUCGUGGAUACGCCUACGCGCCGGCACCGAAUGAUUUUGGCCCAGGGGCCGACUGAUAACACCGUCAUCCACAAUUGGAGAAUGAUCAUCGAAUACAACGUCCAAGUCAUCGUGAUGCUGUGCGAAUGCGUGGAAAAGGGGAAGAAAAAGUGUGCCGAGUACUUCCCAACCAAGCGAUGCGAUGACAUCGAAGCACUUCUCAAGGAGCUGCGAGAGCAAAGGGCCAACGCGGUGCAGAGCCUGGAACAGUUCUUCUUCCUAUGCAUGCAUCUUGUGGACUUGUUCUACCGGGGCGGCUUCGUUCCUGGCAUUGACCCUGAGGCUAUCCGUGCCAUGGGCAACGACUACGAUGAGAAAAUGCGGGCUGUGGGAAUGGCGAAA